UAGUCAAAGCUAAUCAAGAAAUAGAAUGAUUUAAAUUUCGAAAAUGACAAUUUAAUUAUCGAUUAGUAUAUUAAUUUCUUUUUCGUUGUUCCAUUAUUAAUCAUGGACUUUAAACAAACGAGUGAACGUUUUAAAAGAAAAUAAUAAUAUCUCUUGUGACUUUUUAAUUCCCCAUAAAAUUUUAUUAUAUAUAUUGUGAUUACAUCUAACCUCAUAUUUCAAUCAUGAUCAUUUAAUUUGCAAAGAUUUAUAAUAAUUAUUAAUUUAUACAAUAAAAUUUCUCAUAUCAUGGCUAAAUUAUGUGACAAUGUAGUUUUAUGUAGAGGAUUGCCCGAACAAGUACCAAUGGAGGACAAUUAUUUGGAUACUUUAAAAUCAGCUGGUUACAAUUGCGAUUAUUUGUAUACCUCACGAUUUGAAUUCAUUAACAGUUCAGAUUUGAAAACGUGCUUGCAAAUGCCCGACAAUUAUCAUGGUUUAAUAUUGACUAGUCAACGUGCUGUAGAAGCAAUACGGCAAGUAUUCAAGGACGAUAAAAAAUCUCUAAUUCCAUGGCAAAAAUUACCAACAUAUUGCGUUGGCCCUGCAACUUCUUCUCUCGCAGAAAAUUACCUUGGCUCAGAAUGUUGUCUAGGUAGUCAAUCUGGUAAUGCCAAUGAUCUCGCAGAGAUCAUUAUUUCUGAUAUAAAAAAGAUAUCAAAACCGCUAUUAUACCCUUGCAGCGAGAUAGCACGCGAAACGAUUGAACAAGUUCUUUCCAAAAAUAGGAUAAAUCUACACAAACUUGUUGUUUAUCGGACCAUAACCAGGGAAUCGUUAGAAGCUGAUUUCUUAAAUGUCAUUGGUACUCUACCAAAAAUAUUUGUCUUUUUUAGUCCAUCUGCUGUACAAUCUAUUGUAUCUGUAUUAAAGAAAUAUCCUAAUAAUAUAAAAAAUAUCAAAGCAGUAGCAAUUGGACCUGUAACAAAACAAAGCUUAAUAGAGUUUGAUUUUACAAUUUAUGCCACUGCAUCGAAACCAAAUCCGGCAAGUUUAUUGGAAGCUAUUAACAAUGCUGGCUGUGCCAAUGAUAACUUGGAAAUUAAAUAAUAUAUGUAAUAUUAUUUUUGUAAAUAUGUUAUAUAUUA